CUCAGACAUUAUUAACGAAUACUUAGAUGUAAAGAGAUAUCUUACACUUCAUCCAUGUGGUUAGUCAUUUUGACUAACUUUCAAAGAGGUUAAAAAAGAUGGUUUAAUACCACUGUCAUUUCUUUCUAGCCCGAGUAGCUUUUAUGCCCCUGGCCAGAGGGAGCUUUAUUGAUUUUCUUUUUUUAUUUAGAUUUGCAAAAUAGCUGUGAUUGUCCCAAAUUUUUUAGCAUCCCUUUGCUCCCUAAUAGUCCUCUUGGAAGUGGGCCACCUGUUAGUUUCUCUGGUAGAUAUCCUUCAACAUCUGCAUACUUGAUGCCCCUAGGGGGAUAGAAUAAGAGUUGUUAUUUUACUAUUUGUAAACAUUUUUCCUAUCUGCAACUUAGUUAGUUAACAAUUUGAAAUAGAUUUACUGUGCUUUUGUUAUUAGUAGACUGCAAAUAAAGCUGAUCAAGGUUAGCAAUCUCUGUAGGCUACCAACAAGCAUUCAGUAUGUGCGUGCACAAGAGGAUGACCUAUAGCACCUGCAUAUAGGUGGCUUUCUCAAUAAAACCACAGAAUCACAGAAUAUCCCGAGUUGGAGAAGACCCAUAAGGAUCGUCAAGUCCAACUUCUGGCUCCACAAAGAACCGCCCUAAUCUCAGAUCAUAAUGGUCACAUGAGAAAGCAAAGGACCGCCUCUUCUGAAGGACUUACAGUUAAAAGAUGAGAAGCUCACAGCAAAUGCAUUGUCCUACAUUCUCUGCUGCUGAGGAAACGGAGCUAUGAGACUAGCAAAAGCACUAAGGUCUAGCUCUUGGCUCCAAGUCAGUCUUGGUGCUGACUUGGACCUGUUCUUGUUUUGAAUGUGAUAAGCAGAAUUACUUCCUUGCUUCUUAGCCUAGAGGGACAGGGAUAUAUCUUUUAAUGGGAAGACAUGGCAACUGGAAAAAAAUUGGACAGGGAGACUCUUGGGAAUUGUAGACUGUUAUUGUUGUAGAACUACGUUUAUAUCAGGGUGAGGAGGUGAUAUGUGUUAAAUAGCGGACUUAGAUAUCUAGUUACAGUUGCUUCAAACUUGCAUGCACAAGCAAGUUCUAAAUGUGUCGUGUAUCUAGAGAUAACUUAAAACAUGUUUCAAGUGCCAUGGUUAUAUUGGUAUAAUUUCCUUCUUAGACAAUCUGAAACACAGACAAGGCUAAUUUAGUUUGUAGUAUCUUGGAAGUUGUUCAAGCCAGGAGAGUCCGGAGAGGGACCAUUGCCAUAAUAACUAGUGAUAAAACUAUGAUAAAUAGCUAAAACCCUUCAGUUUAGGCAACUCGUGAUCUUCUUUGAGUUGUAGCAGAAUACGAGCAAAUAGGUAAGGAAGAAGAGAGGCGUGUAGUAUGAGAAGCUCUUUUUGAAUCUGAAGUCUGUCUCUCAGGACAACAUCCUUCCAUGCCAGAAAACCAGGAGGAGGUCUUAGCAAGAAGGAAAUAGUUGCAGACUUGCCGCAGAGGAGACUGUUGCAAAGACCAAAUAUAUCUUGGCUUACAUUAGGGAGCUGAAUCCCAAACUUGAGCUUCUGUUGCUUUUGAUGCGCUGGUCUGUGUUUUCCUUUUGAGUAAAUUGCUUUAAAAUACCUAGGAAAGCCUUGACUUAAGAGAGGGGGAAGCUACUGUGAGAGGAAUCCAGUACAGGCUUUUGCUAGAGGUUAUAAACCCUAUUAGUAUGUGGCAGAGGUUGAAUGGAACUGUUCUUUUCCAGUCCUAAAGAGUUAAACAGAUGAGCAUCUUCUUGGGAGUUAAGAAGGGGCAUCAACAACCUCUAGUCCUCAGUCAGGAGUAGAGUCCUCUGAAUGCUAGUGGAUUUUCUGUUAUUGUUUCCAGUACAUUCUUUCCUUACGUUUUCACUGGAGUAAGUGAUUAGAAAAUUCCAACACAUUCCCAUCUUUGCAUUUUGUUUUGCUCUUUUUUGCCAGUGCCACCUGGGAGUUAGAGUAUGCUGUGGCUUCUGAGCUAUUUCCAUCUCCUCUUGAUCUGAUCAUCUGCCUCCUUUGCUACAGGGAUAUAGGAGAUUUUCUCCUAAUUAACUAAGUGUAAUUCUUGGCCAAAUCCACCAUGUCCAGAAUGCAGUGUGGUACAAAUCCACUCAAACUGCUCCCUCCUACCACUUAGCGACUCCUGUAAAGGAUCCAGAUGUAGUGGAAUUUCAUUGCAUUUGAUGAGUGACUAAAGAUGAGGCAACACAAAGCUGUCAUGUGAAGUGACUAAUGGGCAAUAAGUGAGGAAAAAAAAAGAGGCUUUUUGUCAAGCCAAUGGAUUUGUAUCAGCCUGUUUCUUGUUUUUAUGCUGAAAGUCUCUUUGAAAAUACUUCUCAGCAAGGUUGGCCAGAAAUGAGCUCAUUUCUUAAGGUGACUGUGGUUCAUGCUGCAGAACGCUAAGAGUUAAUCCCUCCAUAAUCAGAAUGUAAAUGUAGUAAAUGCCCAUUAGGCUGAGCUGCAGAGCAGUAUGGGGAACGUGAGAAAUUUCCAAAAUUAAACCGUUUCAAAUUGACCAAGUCCCCUCCUUAGAUUUGAUUAAUAAUGUUUAAAAUUUUUCCUGUAGCCUUUAUCCCUGUUUUUUUGUGAAGGAGCAGUAAGUUCAAAAUGAACUAGGUUAAAACAAAACAAAACAAAAAACCCACCAAAACACUUUAGGAUUAACUGAUAGCAAUGCAAUAAUAAUUCAACUCUCUGGAAAUUUCUCUAGCCAGUCAAAUGAAAAUGUUACAGCCCCAAGGUCAAAGAGACACUUGACAGAUAAGAUCCCUGGAGGCAAUAUCCUGGAUAGCAAGAUGCAGGGCUGAAAAGUGGGAACGCUCCCCUGAGAGUUGAUUUUUUUUCCUUGGGAAAUCUGGAAGCUCCUUAACAUCGUUUUCUGGGCCCCAUUUACCUGAGUUGAAAUCUAAGGAGAGUCUGACCUCAGGAAGCUGCAAGCAGCUAAUCGAGGAGGCAGCGGUGGGAGGAUAAAGUCCAGAUUCCUUCCAACAAGUAUAAUCUCUGGCGAGCGUGCGUGCACAAGCUGUUUCCUUAUUCAGUUUUGCCGCUGGAGCUGCUGCAGGAGGAAGCCCCAGAUUCUUGUUGCUGCUACAUCUUUUGUGCUUAAGGGAAGAGAAGGAAGAGUCAGCUGUGGAAAGGAGGAAUUUCAGGAGAGGAGAGAGAGGCUGGCCAGGCUGCUGGGCGGACAGUGGUGGGGAGGCGGAUGCUGGCAGUCAGGAGAAACACGUACCUAGAGCCAAGCGAGAGGCUGGGACAGCGAGCAAAAGGGAGGGGACAGCUGAGGUGCAGGAGCAGGCUGAGGGCUGCGCCCUGCCCGUCUGCGCUUGCCUCCUGCUGGUUUUAAAGAAAUGAAAGAGGCAUCCCGCUCCUUCCGAUGUGAAGCGGCAAGCACCCGGCUCUCGGGGAAACCGAGCUGGAGAGUGAGGAGGCAGCAGCUGAGUCAAGCGGCAGAAUGAGACUGUGAAGCUUGAAGCUGCUGCCCACUUUGUACAGGAAGGAUGAAGAUCCCCAAAGUACUUAGGCUGUUGGUAGAGCUCUCGAGUCUGUUAUUGUGUCUCAGAUGCAGGGAGGCUCUCCUGGGAUCCCAGCCCAGCCAAAACCAUUUGCAGAGUGCAGUGUCUAGUGGGUGUGGCAUUGGACCUCUUGGGUACUACAAUGGCUCGUUGGCUGUCACUGAGGCUGGGGCAGAGUGCCUGAACUGGGCGGAGUUCCCUGAUUAUGUCCAGCAGUACCCAGACCGUGGCUUAGGGGACCACAACCACUGCAGAAACCCAGAUGGGGGAACUACGCCCUGGUGCUUCUUCCGGCUUGCGUCAGGGGCCAUCAGCUGGGCUAACUGUGACUGUAACCAAGGUGCUGUGCGGUUGGCUGAAGAUAGUAGUGUGGAACUGUACUUUGGUGGACUCUGGGGUACCAUCUGUGCUGACCUCUGGACUGACUGGGAUGCCAGUGUUGUCUGCAGGCAGCUAGGUCUAAGUGAGAUUGGCACAGCUGGAAAGAAGAAUCAUCCUGGACUGUGGCCUAUUCCCCUGCACCUGCAGUCAGCAAACUGCCACGGGGAUGAGAAAACCCUCUUGCAGUGUGGCUAUCAGGAAGCUGUGUCAGGAACUUGUAACGAGGGAAGUGCCAUGGUAACAUGUGUCCCUCCAGAAGGGGUAGGUGCUCCAUUGCGUUUAGUUGGGGGAAAGGAGAGCUUUGAAGGACGGGUGGAGGUUUACCACGAUGGCAAGUGGGGUACCAUCUGUGAUGACCAGUGGGAUGACCGUGACGCUGAAGUAGUUUGUAGGCAGCUGGGACUCAGUGGGAACCCAAAAGCCUUGUCAUGGGCUCACUACGGGCAGGGAUCUGGCCCCAUCCUGCUAGAUGAAGUGGAGUGCUCAGGCAAUGAACUCUCACUUGACCAAUGCAAGAAGAGUGACUGGGGACAACAAAACUGUGACCACAUUGAAGAUGCUGGCGUCUCCUGUGACCCUUUCACAGAGGGCACUGUAAGGCUGACUGGUGGUCGCAGCCCCAGCGAAGGCAGGGUAGAAGUUUAUUACAAUGGAGACUGGGGCACAGUGUGUGAUGAUGGCUGGACAGACCUCAGUGCCCAGGUGGUCUGCAGGCAGCUGGGCUUCAGUGGUCCUGCUACCCUGGCCUCUGAAGCGGACUAUGCUGCUGGCCAAGGCUUUAUCUUGCUGGAUGAUGUGGCUUGUGUGGGCACAGAGCUGUCCCUCCUGGACUGUCCCCAUAGCAACUGGGGGCAGCAUGACUGCUCACAUGCUGAGGACGUGGGAGUCCGCUGUUCCCCUGAGAGCAACACAGUCACUGGCAGCCUGGGGCCUCCUGUGCGGCUGGUGGAUGGAGAAAGCACCAAGGAGGGACGGGUUGAAGUAUUCCUGAAUGGGCAGUGGGGCAGUGUCUGUGAUGAUGGCUGGACAGACAGAGAUGCUACAGUAGUUUGCAGGCAACUGGGGUUCAGUGGUGCAGCAAAAGCCAGGGCAAUGGCUUAUUUUGGUGAAGGCCGAGGGCCCAUCCAUCUGGACAGUGUAGAAUGUAGAGGCACGGAGCACGCCCUGGGGCAGUGUGUCAGGCCUGACACUGGGAUUCACAGCUGCUGGCACAGUGAAGACGCUGGUGUGAUUUGUGACUAUGUGGAAGAGAAGGUCCAAGACAUCAGGAGAACAGGUCCAGAGUCCAGUGUGUGUGGCAUGCGCCUGCUUCACCGUCGCAAGAAAAGGAUCAUAGGUGGAAACAAGUCUCUCAGAGGUGGUUGGCCAUGGCAGGCCUCGCUGCGGUUGAAGGGUUUCCAGAGAGAUACCCGUCUGCUGUGUGGAGCAACACUGAUCAGCAGUUGCUGGGUAGUGACUGCUGCCCACUGCUUCAAAAGGUUUGGUGUCGAUGUGCGACGCUAUCUGCUGCGGGUAGGUGACUACCACACAGGAGUGAAGGAUGAGUUUGAGAGAGAGCUGCCCGUGGAGCGGAUUGUCCUCCACAGGAACUACUGGGCUGGCAGCAAUGAUAAUGACAUUGCCCUGGUCCGAAUGCGAGGCAGACAGGGGCACUGUCUCUCCUUCAAUAGCCACGUUCUGCCUAUCUGCCUUCCUGAUAGGAAAGAGAAGUCUGACAUAAACAGGCAAGCCUGCAUCAUCUCUGGCUGGGGAGAUACAGGGAAGUCUUAUUCAAGAACGCUACUGCAGGGGGUGGUGCCUCUUCUCCCACGGGAAGACUGUGAGGUCCGUUACGGGCAGAAGUUCACUAACCGCAUGAUUUGUGCUGGGAACCUCUCUGAAGAUAAACGAGUGGACAGCUGCCAGGGUGACAGUGGAGGGCCACUUAUGUGUCAGAAGUCAAAUGGACGAUGGAUCAUUUUGGGAAUCACUUCCUGGGGUUAUGGCUGUGGUCGGAAGGAUUCCCCUGGUGUAUACACAAAGGUCAGCAGAUAUGUACCGUGGAUCAAGAAAGUGACCAAGCUGAAAUGAAAAUGUCUGAGCCCCAGGAACUUCAACAUAUUGUCCUUCUCCCUGCAGAAGCUCAAGGCUAUGGCUUCUGGCCUGUGACUGGUGGAAAUGUAUGUUUUCGUUUGGAUGCCGGGAAAAUACUUUAACGUAGAACUGGGAGAAAAACAGUUACGGCUAAUUCUUUGGUUUCACUUUAGUUCCUAAUCUCUGAGCAGACAAAGCAAGUGCACACUGGUAGGACGAAUAAGCCCGUGUUGCUCUGACUGUCUGAGUCCUGUAAUGCAAUCAAUGCUUACUCCUUUGGCCCGACACACAGAAAUGGUAGAAAUGAAGAUGUACCUGUCUCUGUAAAUCUGUUCACCAGUUUUUGUAAAAAAACAAAACAAAGCAAAGAACAACAACAACAACAAAAAACCUUGAAAAACACUGCAAAGGGAGGUGAGAUGCUUGGAAGAUGGCACCAAGCUCUGGCAUGCUUUUCCAUAACAUGUCUCCCUUCCAUUCCAGAAAUGAGAAGAUUUGACCUGAGCUGAGGAGCAGGCUAACAAUUGGCCUUUUUUUUUUUUUUUUCCAUAUAAUGUCUCUAGGGGGAACCUUUUCUAAAUAUUAGAUCCUAAAAUGUCUGUCCCUGCUAACAGGUGCUUGUCCCUACGGCUGUAAUCCUUGUGCCACACAUUUCUGGUUGUCAGACACUACGGCUUUAUUGCUGCUUUCUCAGUAUAGUGGUUCUUCUGUGGUUUGUUUUUUGUUUCUCCAUAAAGCAGCAUCUCCUGGAAUCAAUUGUUUGUGUGAGAGUAAAUCUUCAUUUUUAAGAGUCAAUAGCUUUCUUACUCUCAUGAUUACUGUGAAUGACUUAAAAAUGUGACUUCAAAAGCUGGAAUAGACACAUUACUUUUCUUUAAAUCCAAAUGUGUUAAAUGUUCAGGUGUUGAUUCACAGUUUAACAGCACUGCAAGGACUUCAUCUUUGCUAUUUUAUUCAUCGUGAUUAUUAACUGCCCUUUGUGAUCUUAGCCUUUAAUAUCUCUGUGUUCACAGUUCUCCUAUGAAGCAUGGAAAUGCUCUGGGGUAUAGACACAGAACAAACAUUAGAAUGAGAAAUGUUCUUGAGGUGCAAAACAGUAAGUGUGCUGCAAAGCACUUUCCCGCAUUCCUGGAGUAUGUGCAGCCUUUAGACAACACUUCCUCUCUUCACACAGUUUCUUUUCUCAUUCCUCUCAGUGGAAGGGGAUUACCCUUUUAACUUAAGGGUACGCAAGCAGUGCCAUCAAGGUACUACUGUUUUAGGGUCAGGCCUUCUCAACCUGAACAGAAAUAAUACUGAGAGAAUACAAGUGUUGUUGAACACUUCAUUUUCUUCCUUCUCCUCUCACUCAAACAAAUGGACAUAAUUUCUUCCUCCUAGGCCUUAAUUACUUUUCUAGGUUAAUUUAUUAUUUUUGAGUAGGGCAAAAAAUACAAAAAUAGAAGAGCUAAGUGCAUUAACAGUUGUGCAGCUCACAGCAGUGUGUUCUAGCUAUGUGUAGCCAAGCCAGAGAGAAGACAGGUCUGUUCAGGAGCAGCCUUGGUGCAUAACCAAUGAUCCAAAUGUGGAGUAAUAAUACACUCUGGGACACGUGGAACUUGUGCUAAAAGUGCAUGUUUUGGGUUCACUCAUGGUAGUCACACACUGGCCUGCUACCUGGAAGAUCUGUAUUCAAGGUGCUGAGCUGUUCAGUACCUGGGUAUUAUCAAGGCAAGAACGGAAGACAGUGCAGCCUGUGGAUUAGCAUUGUCAUAUGAUAGGAAAAGUGGUGAUAGUGUCCUAGAAAUUGUCUUGGGCUGAGCAAGCAGCGAUUGCCAAAAGUUUUAACUUGUCUUCUAUAAAGCAGCUUAAUCUAAAAGUGCUGACCUGCCUAGGUGUCUGAUUUUUGUGUGUGAAUGCGAAACUAAACAGUUAAUUUACCCUCUCCAGUGAUUAUAGUACAAUUGGGUUACAAGUGCUUCAAUGGACUUCAAAAAUCUUACUUGGAAACUUUAUUUUUGAAAAGAAUUAUAGGAAUCUUUGAAACAUGCAAUGAUAGAACUCCUGAAAAUUGCCCUUUGAGACAGAUCUGAUCUGUUAGUGCCCCUUCUUGAGGGCUGAAUGUCUACAGUGUGCUUGUGCUGAUAACUCUGUUUGAAGAGCUAGGCUUGGUCCUUGUAGUGCCAUGCUUGGCUCCGUGCUGGCUGUGCUGUCCUAUGACAGCUGGCAGAGAGUCCCUAAGGUGCAAACUGCAGGCUGCUGAUUCUCUAGCAGGAAUUAAAAUGAGAGGAGAACCGAGGACAAUUAUAUUACAGACCUCUCACUUCCACAGUGGCAGUAACAGUACCCCUCUGGGAAACAGGGAGGGAUUUGGCUUUUACUUUCAGCCUCCCCCAAGCCUGAAUGCUACAGCAGCUCAAACACAGUGCUGUCACACCUCUAGUUUAACCUGGUUUGAACUUCUGGCUUAUACCCAUAACCCCAGCGGGCUUAGAAAUAUAGAAAGGAUUGAAGGUUAUUUCCCUAAGCCUACUUAACUGGUUGCCAUUCAGGAGUUAGAAAAAAUGCCCAUGCGGCAUAAGUGAGGCACUGUAUUCUGUGAUUCCCAUGUUCCAAUUCAAAAUAUUUCCUCUGGAUUUUGCCACCACGAAAGCUGUGAGAAUCACUGUAGUUAACGUUCUGUGCAUCCUGCAUGAGCCAGGAGGAAGGGAGGAAGUAUCUCACCUAGUUUUACACCUUACUUGUACUAUGCAAACCUGCAAACACGCUCCUGAGUUGUCCUAACCUGUUUCAGAACAUCACUGUUGUUCUUCGUGGCCCAAACCAAACUCACAUGCUUUGCCACCGGCGUUUACUGGAAUUAUCUGGUCAGAAGACCAGCACUUGGCCACUCCAGAGUUGUAUUUUGUGCCUAAUGUGGUCAGCAGCAGACAUUUCAAAGGACAGUGCAUGUGCAUUUGUACUGACCAAGUUUUAACAGCCUUUUUUUUUCUGGGAAAUUUUGUUCAUAGACCACUUAUGUUAAUUAUUUGCAUUGCUAUCGCUAUUCAAAUUAAAAGUACUAUUCUUGUCCCUCCAGGUAUUGCUCAAGCACUAUGUGCUAUACUUUCAUGAUUUUUUUCCCCAGUAUCAGUGUUUAUAUCCCAAACAUAAAACAAACAAACAAACAAAAAAAAACCCUGUUUAUUGUAACCAUCCUUCAUCUUUUACAUAAAUGUUUAAUCUCUUAUUUAAUCCAACUAAGCUCUCAGCCUCAGUAUUUUCUGGCAGUGAGAACCAAUGUAAUUUUGUUCUCCACAGUACAUUUUUCUUUUUAUAGUUCCUGAAUGAGUUGCCUUUUGUUUUUACUGAAUCCCAUCUAUCCUUGUGUUCUCAACUAUGAGAGGAAAUAAGGGGCCUUGCUUUAUAUUGUUGUCCAUUACGCUACAAACAGUCCUCUUUUGAAAACUGUGGCUUCUCUGUCUCUCUUCGGUCCAAAUUGCCUAGGUACCUGAUAACAUGCUAGCUGUCUCUCUAUGUUUUCUCUUUCUUCUGGAUGUUUAAGCUUUGGUAACCAGGACUGAAAACAGUUCGUAAGGGGAAGCUGUGCCAUCUGCUGAUUACUUUCAGUAUUUUCAAUAGUGGGCAGUGCUGUAGGUGUUCAGUGCUAUGUGUAUAUCGUGCGUACGUACGCUAGCUUUGAACUAGCACGGUGUGGUUUUAGUGGCAACCCAUCUACAGCAAGGUGAAAACCAACCAGCGUUAAUUCACCCUGUGUCUCUGGCAGGUGCAGCAGCCCCUCCGAGCUCAGGCAGCUGCUGUAGGUAUGUCUGUGAAGCAGAACGUGGCUCUGGGCAGGGGGUACCUGAUGAGCCGCGUGGAGCGUUGCCUUGGUGGAUGUACCUAUAGGACCGAUACAGUCCUUAGCGGCGUUUGUUAUCUGGUUGAGGCUAAUGCCCAUACUUCCCUUCCAGGAACUGACAGUUCAUUUACUGGCGUCUGUGCCGUGCUAUGGGGAUGCUUUGUGAGACAAGUUCCUGCAGUAGUGUGGUGCACAGUGGUUGAAUGAGAAAUAGUGCCACUGUGACUGGGUGGGAGCAUUUGUUAAAUUGAGUAUCUAAGGAGAGGCAAUUAAUGCUCCUGUUAGCCCUCUUCCUACGGGAAUACCCUGGUGCUCUACAAAGGCUAACCCAGUGCCUUCCUGCCCUGUAGGGUACCCUCGUCAGCCCUGUCUUGACACUAGUCCAGGUUUUGGCCAGUUGAAGCUGGAUUAAAGAUUUAUCCCUUUCCUGUAGCUGAAUGCUUCAGAUGAUUUAUAAGAAUUAUGUUCCAUGCUGUAAUUAAUCAGGCAGCUGUUUAUGAACCUGGACAGGAUUUCAAUUACUCCUGUAGUCCUUGUACCUUUGUAGCAGAAAAUAACAGAUCAGUUCCUCAAAGAUAUUAGUGGAGGGACUGGUUAGGAACCAGGAACAUGGGUAUUUGCUGUCUCAGGAAUAGGAAAACUGGGUCUGCUUUACGUCUGCCUGCCUUACUUUCUGAAGUAAGUAACCCAAAGUACCCCAAAGUAACUGGUGAUCCAUCAACCACUUAAAGACACGUUUUUAUGUAUAUGAGAGGAAGGUUUUUAGUAGAUGAACUGCAGUGCAAUAUGUAAUAUGAUCUUGAUAGCUUUUCUGGGAGUUCCUUGCAGCUAGAGAGUGUGGACAUGGGAAUAGAACACUCACUGGUGGUAACCAGCCUGGGCCUGCUCCCAGUGGGAUGAGGCACUCUGACCUGGAGCAACAGCUUGGGCUAUGUUUUCACUUAUUCAAGAAAAUAAUUAAUUCCCUACAUCAAGGAGGAACAUUCAUUCAGCCCACUCAGUCCCAUUAAAACCCCUUUCUACUAACAAGAGCCUGAGUAGCUCUGAAAUCAGUCUAGUGCCAAAACUGUCACGUCCUCUGGAUCAAAACCAAUGACUCACAAGAUAUGCUAAUAAAUUAAUUGUGCUGUGA